UUCACAUUCAGUAUUAACGAACAUCCCAGUUGAUGAUGACAAUGAUUCUCAAUGAGUUGUGGUUACAUUGUUGACAUUCAUCUUCUUUUAUUUUCUCUUCUGUUUUUUAUCCUCUCUAUAGGCUUUAAUUGUCUAUGAUUAAAGACGCUUAAUUAUGAAUGAUUAAUUGAUCCAUUAUUUCAUCUUUCUUCCAAUUGUGACUCUAAUUGUUUCUUGCAAGUUGAAUAUCAAGUGAUUAUUACGAUUGGAAGCCAAGGAACAAUCUCUGGAAUAAAAUUCUUGUUAAUCAUUUGGUUCAUCGACAUUUCAUCAGAUAUCAGUUCGAAGGGAUCGAAAAUGACUGAAGGAAAAAACGGUUCGUCGGAUAAUCCUGAGAAUGUUAAGAAUGACCUUACUGGUUGUUGUGUUAAAUCGCGAUUACCGAAAGAUAUGAAGAUCAAAUGUGGUCAAUUAUUCGGACCAUUUGCUGACCCACUUCAGUGGUUGGCGAUUAAAUGUACAGAACCUUCGAUGAUCAAUAACAUGAAUAAUCUUGAUAGAAAAUCAGCUGAUCUUUUCAAUAAAAUCGACGUUGCCAGAGAUCCAAAAGAACAAAAUAUGGAGAUAAUUCUUGUAAAUGGCCAAUUCUAUUUCCGAUCAACUGUUUCAAUCGAUGCUUCAUCCUCAUCAUCCUCGUCUUGUUCCUCUUCAUCUUCUUCCAACAAUAAUUCCAGCAAACUAUUGGCCUGGUUCGAUGAUGAUCUCAAUUCAAGAUUACCUUUGGCAUCAAUGGCAACUCUCAAUGGCUCGAAAAGAUAUUAUUGUAGUUUAUGUAAUCAAAUAUCUCUUUAUCCGAAUCCAGUUAUAAUCCAUAUAUUGUUUGAAUGUCCAAAAAGACAUGAGAUCUUAGUUCCUUACAUGAAAACGAAGCAAUCAAAUGAUCAGCGUGAAAUUAAGCGGGAAUCGUCAUCAACUACUGGAUCAUCUUCUAGUUCAUUAAUGUCAACUAAAGCAUCUUCAUCAUCAUCAACGACAAUGACGAAAACAACACCAACAACAGUUACUGCAACGAAGAAGAGGAGUUUCGAUAUUGAUUCAUUGGUUAAUGAUGAUAAAUUCACUGAUGAUGCAGGUAAAAAGAGUCGAUUACAUUCUGAAAUGUUGUCAGAAUUCAAUGCCAACAAUUAUCACCAUCUUACAGAAUCAUUCCCUUUACUCAAUUCUCUUUCACCUUUAAGCCUGACAUCGUCUUCCAAUCGAUUAAUAUCACCGCCAUCUCCGAAUAGUCAACCAAGUGCUUUUCGCAAAGUUGACAAAACGAAUCGCCAAUCAAGUGGAAUCAAUCAUACACUUAAUCAUAGUAUACCUUCACAUCAAUCUUCACAAUUAACUAAUCAUCAACCUUCACCUUCACAUCAGUUUGAUUUUGCUUCAUUAACGUCACUUUAUAGUAGAGGAUUAAAUUGUGAUCUGACAUCAUCUCUAUUCCCUGGUCAUCCGAGUUUUGUGCCAACAGGAUUGACUAAUCCACUUUUAUCUCCAACCCAACCUCCCACUCCAUCAUCAUCAUCUUCAGGCUCAUCAAUUCAAGCUCCAGGUUCCCAUUUGUUUGCUGCAGCCGCGGCCGCCGCAGCAGCAGCCGCAUCGAUAGCGGGACCAAUUCCUUCAUCCCCAUCGCCUUCUCCUUCUGGGAGAGGUGAAAGUGUCACCGGUGGGACAGGAGGACCAGGGGCUGGAUCAAUAGUCUCUUCAGCUGUCCCAACAUCUUCCCCAUCACCUUCAUCAUCAGUAACUGGAAACAAUUCGAGCAAUUCCAAAUCAAUGAUUCCACCGUCACUGUUACCAUUUUUACCUCCAUCAUUAGCAGCAUUGUCUUUCCCUCAGACAAAUUGGUGUGCGAAAUGUAAUGCAACAUUUAGAAUGACCUCCGACCUUGUUUAUCACAUGAGAAGUCACCAUAAGAAGGAAUUUACAACUGACCCAUUGAAAAAGAAACGAGAAGAAAAAUUAAGAUGCAAUAUUUGUGGUGAAUCGUUCAGAGAGAGACAUCAUUUAACUCGGCAUAUGACUAGUCAUCAAUGAGUAUUUCAUGGAGACAAUCAAUUCACCAACUCAACUGACAUGAUGCAAAUUAAUUAAUUGCGACAUUUUUACAUAUUUUCAUCUUUUUAGUUCAUUGUUUCCAUUGAUUUGAAAAUCGUUCCACUCUUCUAGUCAAUUAGAAUCAAAAUCUGACAUUUAAUCUUCAAUCCUCGGAAUAGAAACAAACAAUUAUCAUUUCACCGACAAAAUUAUGUACAGUUUUUGAUUUUUAAAAAAGAAUCAAUUCCAUCUAAACGGCGAAUAAAUCUUAUCGAAUUGUCUUAUUGCAAUGAUGAAUUAAAUUCAAACCAAAUAUUAUGUUCAUAUUUGUUUUCUCAUUACAGUAAAAGUUUUUAUCCGAAUAUUAAAUUGUUUUGGUUCGGGUAUUUGAAGAUUUAAGUGUUCAAAUAAAGGAAAAGAAUUUUUUUUCAAUUCAUCAACCAAAUGAUAUUUUCGAGUUUCGACGAAUUUUCCCAACCGUAUGAGCGAAAAUUGUUCGCCCUGAAAAACACGAAACACUGAGAAUAAUCAACUAGAGCCCGUGAGGUUUGAUUAUAGACUAGGAUACGGAGAAAAUUAAAUCUUAUGAUACGAUAAAUGAACGCUCAUA